AUGACGCAUUUUCCACCGCAAUUCCCAGCUGCUUGUCCAUGGGUUACGUCAGUCGGUGGAGUGCGUUACAUCGACCCUGAGCAAGCAGUAUGUUUUUCCUCUGGCGACUUUUCCGAUCUUUGGCCUAGGCCAUCGUAUCAACAGGAGGUAGUAGAAGAUUUUCUCCAGACGCAACUCGGCGACCGACAAAAGGGACUUUUUGACCCUCAUGGGCGUGCAUUUCCAGAUUUUUCCGCCCAAUCAGUCAGAUAUAUCAUCGCUGAUGCCGGCCACAUGAUUUAUAAAGAUGGCACCAGCUGUGCGGCCCCAGCCUUUGCUGGAAUCAUCGGUCUUUUGAAUGCCGCUCGCAUUUCCUCACAUCUUCCACCUUUUGGAUUUUUGAACCCUUGGCUUCAUAGUGUUGGAAAGAAGGGUCUGAAAGAAAUUGUACAUGGAGGAAAUACAAGAUGCAAUGGUCAUUUUUGCUUCGAGGAGGGUUUAAAUGGUAGUCCAAUCGUACCAUAUGCCUCUUGGAAUGCUACACCCGGUUGGGAUUCAGUAACAGGUUUAGGUACUCCGGGUUUCGGAAAGCUAUUGGAAUUGUCUACCCCUCGGAUCUCGAAUUCGGGAGGAAGUGUUUCAUGA